CUUUUUCAUUUAGUGUAAAGCAUGCCUUUCCAAAGGUUUGUAGAAACCGGCCGCGUGGCCGUUGUAUCGGAAGGCCCUCAUAAGGGCAAACUUGUUAGUAUUGUAGACGUAAUUGACCAAACACGGAGAUCACAACUCACAGAUCUUGACCGGUUCAAGCUUCGCAGAGCUCGUUCACGAAGAAACCACAUCCGUACAGCUACUUUCCUUGCUUUAAGGAAGGCAGCAUCAAGAAACGGUUUCCUCUAUGGUAAAAAGAAGAUGGCUAAAGGGGGUGACAAACCUAAACCAAGCAAAAAGGCGAAGAAAGAAAAGCCAGCACCCAAGAAGAAAUAAUUUUUAGGUUAACUGACAAUAUAUUUGUUUAAAAAAGUUUUCUGUGUUUGUUUUUAAUAUACCAUCAUGAAAUUCA